AUGGCAGCUCCUUGCUACGCCCUGAUUGCCCAGAAUCCGCGUAGCUCAACCAGGUCAACAGACUCGGGGCAGUUUACAGAGCGGCUAUUGCGAGACAAGGCAGGAACACCUGGACUAAAGUCGAGUACACCCACACCUAGAGGGGACUCCACCCCUGGUCCAAGCUCCACUCCUGGAAUCCGGCCCAGUCUAUCAAAACCCCCAUCCAUGGAGAUACCACAUCCACCCACUGCAGGUUUGCGGACCCCGCUGGCUGUACCCGGCCCGUACCCGGGUGCAUUUGGUAUGUUGCCCCAUGCAGCCGGGAUGAACGGGGAGCUGGCGAGUGCAGCCGGAGCUGCGGCCUAUGCUGCUGGAUUGCACAACAUGUCGCCUCAAAUGAGUGUCGCUGCUGCGGCUGCUGUGGCUGCGUACGGCCGCUCACCUAUGGUUGGUUUUGAUCCUCAUCCUCACAUGCGAGUUCCUGGAAUGCCUCCCAGUCUGACAGGAAUCCCCGGCGGCAAACCUGCUUAUUCUUUUCACGUGGCGGCCGACGGACAGAUGCAGCCGGUACCGUUCCCUCCGGAUGCUUUGGUGGGCCCAGGGAUUCCUCGCCACGCCCGUCAGAUCAACACACUGAACCAUGGGGAGGUGGUGUGCGCCGUUACCAUCAGUAACCCGACCCGCCACGUUUACACAGGAGGCAAGGGUUGCGUCAAGGUCUGGGACAUUAGUCACCCAGGAAACAAGAGCCCAGUGUCGCAGCUUGACUGUCUGAACCGAGACAACUAUAUCCGCUCCUGUCGUCUCCUCCCUGAUGGUCGGACACUGAUUGUGGGAGGUGAGGCGAGCACGCUGUCAAUCUGGGAUUUGGCCACGCCCACUCCCAGGAUUAAGGCAGAGUUAACAUCAUCAGCACCGGCAUGUUACGCUCUGGCCAUUAGCCCGGACUCCAAGGUCUGCUUCUCCUGCUGCAGCGAUGGAAACAUCGCCGUCUGGGAUUUACACAAUCAGACACUAGUUAGGCAGUUCCAGGGCCACACAGAUGGAGCCAGCUGUAUUGACAUCUCCAAUGACGGCACCAAGCUGUGGACCGGAGGCCUCGAUAACACCGUCCGCUCCUGGGAUCUGAGAGAGGGACGGCAGCUGCAGCAGCAUGACUUUACAUCACAGAUUUUCUCUCUUGGCUACUGCCCGACAGGAGAGUGGCUCGCUGUUGGAAUGGAGAGCAGCAACGUUGAGGUCCUUCACGUCACCAAGCCUGACAAAUACCAGCUUCACCUACAUGAGAGCUGUGUACUCUCCCUGCAGUUUGCCUACUGUGGUAAAUGGUUUGUGAGCACAGGAAAGGAUAACUUACUGAAUGCAUGGAGAACACCCUAUGGAGCCAGCAUAUUCCAGUCUAAAGAAUCGUCUUCGGUGUUAAGCUGUGACAUAUCCGUGGACGACAAAUACAUCGUCACUGGUUCAGGGGACAAGAAGGCCACUGUUUACGAGGUCAUCUACUAACACUAUGGAAUGAAAGCAAGGACGUUCCUUCCUUCCCAAACAGCAGAUGGCUUUCGAGACAUUUUCAAGUGGAGCCAGAAAUCGCAAACACGAGUGACCUUGGUGGCACUUAUAUCUGCCGAGGUGACACAGAAAGGAGACGAACAGUUUACAAGCACACAUCUGUUGCGGUUGUGUACGUGACUCCAUAUCAGCUGGGAAUUAACUGGAGCAGCUGGAUGUUUAAUGGAAGAGACAGAUUAUUUGGAUGUUGUUGUCUCUACUGCCGUCUGCUAUGGACUGCAAGGGAAUCAGUUACAGGGACCAAACAAUGGCUGGCACACGGCAUUGUUUUGACUGGGACCAGCUCAUCUGGAGAACACUGCACCGAACAUUAGAUUUUAAAACACACAUGAUUCAGUGUCAUGUCCGGGGGGGGCAGAGACCCUAGAAGGGAACACAACCAGUUUGGUCGACUGUGUAAACCAAUGUCAGACGGAAAGAGGAGAAUGGGGAUGCAACCUGACACAAUUCUGGAGAUGUGGAGAAGGACAGUAGUUUAUUAACAUGCUGGUUUGACUGUUGUUGCAGACAGACAAUGUUCACUGCCUGUUGAUCUCUCCGCUCUGACCUUAGAACCUCAGCUUGCUGUUCUGAUGCGCCUACACUGAAAAGUACCUUUCUGUCUUGACAGUAAGUCUUAUCCUCAAUGAACUGCACUGCAAUGGCAGCUGUCCACCGACACACUUAGUACAAAGACAAAAUGUAAUGAACAUACUUGAAGGCCAUGUUGACUUGUCGAGCGUCAUGCUAUUGUUGAAUUCUCUGAUGGCUUAGUUUGAUCGUCACGAGACAAAGUAUGUUUUCAUAAUUCCUACUGGAUUCAGAUGCCAACAAAAAGUAUUCAUGUACUUUAGGAGAAAAAUUAGCCCAAAAGAGAAUUUACUGUAAAUGUUGCAACAGAGAGCUUAACUCCCAGAAGUUUCUUUUUUGGUCUCCAUUUCUUACGAUCCUGCUUGAAAGAACAAUUAUUGGAAACCUGAAGUGGAAAGAAACUUUCAGAGAUUAUAAUAAUCCUCAAUUCUAUUAAUCAUCGUUUUCUAGUGUACCUGUUUCUACAGGUUUAUUGUCCACAAGCAACACAAGCCUUCAUAAUGUCAUUCUUUAAGUCAACUUUUUAUCCCUCCCCCUCUAUACUUGAGCCACAGUGUGUGUGUGACCAGCUGCGUAUGUUGACAGAGUCCCGCCUUCACUUGCGCUUUAACUGAAUUGACCUGAAAACAUUUCAGAGACUCGGUAUUGAUCAUUGGUCGGCUGGAUAUAGCUUCAGAUUUACAAACAGCAGCUUUGAUGCGGUCUAGUUGAAGUCAAGACAUCACCCUGCUGUUUUAAUGCAGUUCUUUUGCCGACGCCCUCUUUUACAAUGAGUUUAUAGGUUGAGGUCAGAAUGAUCAGAAAUAACAGUCUCAAAGUAUUUUUCCCCUUCAUUUAAGUUAAAUAACAUUUUCUACCAUAUUCACUAAACAAACCUCUUAAAAACAGAAUAUUGUCACUUCUUUCUGCUGAUAUUGAAUGUGGGACAUUUGUGAAAUUGCCUUGAGAAGUACAACUGUGUCAUGUUGUCUUUUCACUUUGCAAAGAAGAAUCAAGACCGUAAGCAAGAUUCAAUCAUUAGUCAAUAGUCCUCCAGAGAACGGUGCAGUUUGUCUUUCAGUUUCAGGAAGGAGUCGGUCAGUUCCAGCCAUUCAUUUCAUGAACUUGUGCUUAUUUUUGUCUGUUGAAUGUUUGUAAAAAUGUAAAUAUUUUUUUUUUCAUACAGGACAUGCUUUAGAAAUAACAAACUGUUUUUGUACGUCUUUUACAUGGAAAGAAAUGUCUAAUCAGGAGAAAUACUAAAUGGUCUUAAUGCUAGCUAAUCUAAAAUGAUUGAAAUAUCUAGACAAUAAAUGUUUUUUUUUGUAA